AAAAAAAAUCAUGAAAGCAACGACAAAGGACUGUUCCCAUCCUACUUUCUGUGUAAUGUGUAGUAUAUUUAGAGUUGCUGAUGCAAAUUUCAAAACCAUUGUCACGAUAGUGGACAAUUGCUCGAAGCAUUAUGAAUAUCCAAGUUACCUUCCUAAAACCAAAGUUAUAGUGGAGGGGGUUACUGUUAAGGAAUUCAAUCAAACCAGAUGUUGUGAGGGUUCUCGGUCACUUUUGUAUACCACAGAUUCCUCGUCUUCAAGUGAUUGGAGGUCAUCACCUGUUAUCAAUUUUCUGCUGAUAACAAUGUCCAUUGCCUUGGUUGUCUUCCUGCUUGUUAUCAUAACCAUAUUAUUGGUCAGGUACAAAAAAAGGCCUUCAACAUAUGAUUCUGGGAAACAACAUAGACCAUGCAGUAUAAUCAUUGAUGAAGUCGUGGAAUAUUCAACACCAGUAGAAAACGUUCCUGUCGGAAAAUCAUUAUUCCACAUUAAAUUAAUGCCGAAAGACACAGAGAAUCCACAAUAUAAAAGUCAUGUUCGUGAAAGAGUGGAAGAAUCACAAAGUACUGUUGAUGGCGAACAGAGCAGCACUUUGAAACAUGCUUAUCUCGAUGAGGAGGAUUUCUAUUGUACACUUCAAAAAAAAAGAAAAGAAAUGUAUUGAUAGAAAGGAAAGUGUUUACAGCCAUUUCAGUGAUAUUGAUGAUAACAUUUAUAAUAAAACAUUCCACCAUGAACCAAAUGAAGGUGAACUGUAUAAUGUAUAUUCUUGUGUAUAAGUAGCUCUGGUAUUAGUAGCUG